AUGGAUUCUGGCAACAGUGGGAGUUUGCAGUCAUCGAGUGGUGGGGAUGAAGAGUACGAAUCACGCGCCGAUUCGAUUUCAGCUUUGAUGAAUCAUCCAACUACUCAUGUUGGCCCCAUUUCUAACCCACUACAUCCCCAACCACCGCCACUUCAGGCUCUGUCACAACCACACCCAACAAAUCCACCGGUGUUUGACCCACUUUCAUACUAUCUACGAUUUCAAAACCCGAGCUCCCUUCCCAAUCCAAACAUGGUGUGGCCCAAAAGUACUACCCUAGGAUCUGAGCGUAACUCCACUGAUAUCAUCAACCCCAUACUCGCUUCACCUGAUUUUAUGGCCUCUUUCACCAAUCACUCCCCUACAGUUCCAUUCUCUAGCAGUGUAAACAACCCUCCAAGUGGUGCACCACCAGUUCCUACCGAUAACACAAUAUCUGAUAAUCAAAAUCAGAUUCAGAGCCAGAAUCAAACGGCGGUGCGUAACCCGAAGAAAAGAUCAAGAGCGUCCAGGCGUGCACCGACUACUGUGCUAACCACAGACACCACCAAUUUCAGAGCCAUGGUGCAGGAAUUUACAGGUAUCCCAGCGCCACCAUUCACUUCUUCACCUUUUCCACGAGGUCGGCUUGAUCUUUUUGGUACACCAUCUAGCAUGAGAUCUAGCCCCUUGGACACUAUACAACCACCUUAUCUGCUGCGACCUUUUGCACAAAAAGUUCAGUUACCAACUCCAUUUCUUUCUUCUGCAUCAACAUCUUCCUUGUUCAGUUCUAUUUCUAACAAUAAUAUUAUCACUUCUGGUUCUUCAUCUACCAGUGCUGGUACUUCAACUCCGUCCAUGAACUACCAACUGGCUACUGAAAGUUCAAAUCUUUCCAACAUUUUCCAACUUACCAAUUCAGCCAUGCUAGGCUCAUCAAAACCUCGAGUUUCAUUGGAAAUUCCAUCAGAUGACCAUUCCCAUAUCAAAAUUGGGGACUUGAGUGAAUUCAGUUCGGGUCACGGCCAUGUUAACACGACCAUUUCUGGGCUUCCAAAUCUCAUUUCUUCGGAUCAAAUGGCAUUGAGGGAUGAUAACGAUGCAACAAACUGGAGCAAGAGUCCUUCAAACAACGGUGAUCUACCUCAGAUGACGCCUGUUAAUGGUAACUACAGUUUAUCACGUAAUGCUACGAGCGGAAAGAUAAUAUAUUCGGCUUCUUCAUCAGCAAAUUUUCACGGCGAGAAGGGGCAGGAUAAUAUUGCACCAAGAGGUGAAGAUACAAUCCAUCGAUAA